AUGGAGGCCAAAAAUUACAAAAAGACGAAUUCGAACGUGAUCAGUGUAGGUGAAUGUCUAGAGACGCCGUUGUACAUGUCCUUAACUCGGGUGCUCGGAAACGCUAAUGAGCAAAACGCUAUUAGUUUUAACCGAAAAUUCCGGCAAAUUUUCAUGAAUAGACUGGCCGAAGACCUGUGGUACAAUAACCCAUUGCACCCAGAACGUCAAAACACAUCUGUUUGCAAUAUGCCAUUUGUUGUUGGUGACGGUAAUGAGUUACCAACAUUACCGCAUACAUUUUGGGGCAUGACCCGACAAGAAGCAGCUAUUGUUAUACAGGUAUUUCAAACAUUAGGUAUAGACAUAUUUGUUCAAUCUAUCUACAAGAGUUAA